AUGAUUUCUAUUCAGCGAUGUUCAACCGUUUCCUUCCCUCACAGCAAAUUUAAUCAGAUCUUAACGAGGGUGCCUUCAUGGUCACUUUUCCUGCUCCAAUACAUGAGUCCGAUUCCUUUUGUUGCCAAUAUGUUCUUCCUUGAGAUGUAUUUUGAUGGCGAAACAACUCUAAAUGUCGUAAUCAGUCGUUCCGCUUUAGAGAAUAAGAAUAGAAGCAAUCGCUUGGAAGAAAGGGGCUUAAUCAGCUUCAUCCAGAGAUCAACCUAA